AUGGCAGGAAAUCCAAACGCGCCGGCGACGGCUAAGGCCUUCGUUCCCCUUGAAAACAAUCCAGAAGUAAUGUCGCACCUCAUCCAUCAACUAGGUGUUUCACCGGCUCUUGGCUUCACCGAUAUUUAUAGCAUCGAUGACCCUGACAUCAUCGCCUUCGUACCCCGCCCUUCCCUCGCCAUUCUUCUCGUUUUCCCCGUCACGAAGGCCUACGAAGCCGCGCGCAUCGCAGAGGACACAGGUAGGCCUGUAUAUGAAGGAUGCGGGCCCAAUGAACCCGUAACUUGGUUCAAACAAACUAUCCGCAAUGCCUGCGGGCUAAUCGGACUCCUUCAUGCCAUCAGUAACGGUGCUGUGAAAGCACAUAUCACACCGGGCUCAGAUCUGGAUCAAUUACUGAGGGAUGCAGAACCGUUGAAACCCGCUGAAAGAGCUGAUUUACUAUACGCAAGCAAGGCAUUAGAGAGCGCACAUGCUGAGGCAGCGAAAAAAGGGGAUACCGCGGCUCCUGCUGCGGAUGAGAAAAUCGAUUUGCAUUUCGUAUGCUUUGUGAAGGGAAGUGAUGGGCAUUUGUGGGAGCUGGAUGGGCGGAGAACAGGUCCACUAGACCGUGGGCCUUUGGACAAGGAGGAGGAUGUGUUGAGUGAAAAGGGCUUGCAGUUGGGCGUUCGCCAGCUGUUGAAGAAGGAGGCAGAGGCUGGGGGCGAUGUAAGGUUUAGUUUGAUUAGUCUGGGGCCGGUUUUUGAUUGA